AUGGAGAUUGAUUAUUCAUCAAGGAUUUCUAUCCGUCCGUUCAAGGUAACAGACGUGGAUGAUUUCAUGUCAUGGGCAGGUGAUGAUCAAGUGACACGAUUCCUCAGAUGGAAGACUUUCACCUCCAAGGAAGAGGCUUUGACUUUCAUCAAGGAUAUCUGCAUACCCCAUCCUUGGCGUCGAUCGAUAUGCGUCGAUGACCACUGUUCAAUCAGCUUCAUCUCCGUCUUCCCGGGGUUGGGCAAUGACCGGUGCAGGGCUGAUAUGGGGUAUGCAUUAGCCACAAAGCACUGGGGCCAGGGGAUAACCACCAAGGCAGUGAAGAUUGCCCUCUCACAAGUGUUCAAGGACUUGCCUGAUUUGGUAAGGUUGCAAGGUUUUGUUGAUGUAGAGAAUAAGGCCUCCCAGAGGGUAUUAGAGAAAACUGGUUUCCAAAAGGAGGGGCUACCAAGGAAAUAUUGCCAUAUUAAGGGAAAAAUCACAGAUUUACUUGCCUAUAGUUUUUUAUCAACCGACUCCACCUCUAUAGAGUAA